GCCCAGAGACAGCCAAUGUCCAACAGCAGCUCCAUCAGCCACUUCCUCCUGCUGGCAUUGGCAGACACCUGGCAGCUGCAGCUCCUGCACUUCUGCCUCUUCCUGAGCAUCUCCCUGGCUGCCCUCCUGGGCAACGGCCUCAUCAUCAGCGCCGGAGCCUGCAGCCAGCACCUGCACAGCCCCAUGUUCUUCUUCCUGCUCAGCCUGGCCCUCACCGACCUGGGCUCCAUCUGCACCACUCUCCCCAAGGCCAUGCACAAUUCCCUCUGGGGCAUCAGGCACAUCUCCUACUCAGCAUGUGCUGCUCAGGUGUUUCUGUUUGUCUUCUUUAUGGGAGUAGAGGUUUCCCUCCUCACCGUCAUGUGCUACGACCGCUACGUGUCCAUCUGCAAACCCCUGCACUACGGGACCCUCCUGGGCAGCAGAGCUUGUGCCCACAUGGCAGCAGCUGCCUGGGCCAGUGCCUUUCUCUAUGCUCUCAUGCACACGGCCAAUACAUUUUCCCUGCCCCUGUGCCAGGGCAAUGCCCUGGGCCAGCUCUUCUGUGAAAUCCCACACAUCCUCAAGCUCUCCUGCUCCAAAUCCCACCUCAGGGAACUUGGGCUCAUCGCUGUCAGUGUCUGUUUGCUCUUUGGCUGUUUUGUGUUCAUUGUUUUCUCCUAUGUGCAGAUCUUCAGGGCCGUGCUGAGGAUCCCCUCUGAGCAGGGCCGGCACAAAGCCUUUUCCACGUGCCUCCCUCACCUGGCUGUGCUCUCUCUGUUUGUCAGCACUGCCAUGUUUGCCCACCUGAAGCCCCCCUCCAUCUCCUCGCCAUCCCUGGAUGUGGCACUGUCAGUUCUGUACUCGGUGGUGCCUCCAGCCCUGAACCCCCUCAUCUACAGCCUGAGGAACCAGGAGCUCAGGGAUGCCCUGAGGAAAAUGAUGACUGGAUUUUUUCAGCAGCAAUAAAGUGCCGGUUUUGUUCUCCA